AUGCCAUCCAUUAAUAUUGUCAUGAGGCCGAGCGGCAGGAUUGUUGUGCAGGAGGCUGUCCUCCAUGUUGCUCGCUCUACUUGUGUCUAUCUCCGCAAAAAGUACAGUUGUGUAGGGGAAUUGACUGGGAAAAUACACUAUUACCGUGUGCUUGGCACGAUUAUCUCCAUGCCAACAGUUCGUGUAAGAGGAUUAAUUUAG